AUGUCUUUCCUCGAAUCUUUUCCUUCAGAGCUCAUACGCAACAUUUUCGAGCACUUGGCUUCUCCGGAUGACAUCCUUUCUCUGGCGCUCACGUCGAGAACAAUGCUCAGUAGGUUCCGCGGACAAGGUAAGUUGUUCUUUGGCCACAUGAGCAGCCGUCUCCUAGCACCUGACCACGUCGCUGACGCAAUCACCAUCAUACGUAUACGCCAGCUCAAGCGCGACAAAAGUCACAGCUGGAAGUCCAUCGAGGAAGGUAUUCUCGCACUUUCGCAAUCGUCGACCUCGUUGGCUCAAGCUGGUCUUGACGAUGCUGACAUCUUGCAACUGUUGAUCCUGCUGUCCCAGAUCACUCGGCUCACCAGUGAUUAUGCGAACCGGGCCUGGAAGAAAGCUCAGAUGUUUGUAUGGGUUCACGGUCCAGAGUUCUUGCCCGAUGAACGUGUCAUGUUCAGAAGCGAUAGCCAAGGUUUGGUGCUAUCGACGGCCGAGGAAGCAAAGUUCGUUGCAGCCUUCUUAAACCUGGAAUUGUACUGCCAGACAUUCUUUUGCAGAGGCAAACCGUUGUUUACGGACCGGCGCCAAAGACCGAUGUUGGACUCACUCUUGUGCUCAAAAGUCAUGUGGCUCGACGAAGCGCCUGAGCUUCUCAGAGAUGCAGGCAACGACCGACUGGUCCCAUCUCAGCACCGUUUAAUGAGUGCACUCCUCGCCGGUCGUCUUGCUCCAGAUACAGCGCAGUUUCUGAGCGUGCGGUCGUAUCUGGUGCAUCAGCACAGAGAGCUACUGUCCAUGUUCUGCCAAAAUGAGACAGAAGAUUCAAGUUUCCGCCUGACGGGCCCGAUGCUUCGACAGAACUGGAUGCAGUCGAGGAUGAGGAAAAGCGCACAGUUCGGCGACGCGCUAUCUGCCACGAGUCAGUGCUGGGACCGGAUGCAGCUCGAGCCCGAAGAUAUGUCGUACCUGCUCAAAGCCUGCGCCUACGGCAUCGGUCCCGCCUGUUCCUUGCUUGACUGUAGAGCGGAAGGUAAGCGAAAUUUCUAUCAGGAAAUCCGUCACAAAUCCGCCGUUAGCCCUGCCCUGUGCUCAUCACCUGCGUGGCAUAUUUUUAUCAAAGCCACGCAUCGGUCCAAGCAGCGGGGCUUUGCGCCCACUUUCUGGGAUGCCCACCGCUUAGAAGAGAUUGGUCUUAUGGCGAUGCACUUGGAAAACCAUGCACUAGUACUUGCAGAUACAGGUUCACAGUAUGCGUAUGAAACUGCAUUGCAAGAUGAUGACCCUUACUAUAGUUAUGUCUGA